GGACCAGAUGGAGAACCAGGCGCCGACGGCGAACCUGGCAAACCCGGACCAAGUGGUGAACCUGGCAGACGGGGUGAGAAGGGUAUUUGUCCGAAAUACUGCGCACUUGACGGCGGCGUUUUCUUUGAGGACGGAUCAAGACGAUAAAACUAAUAAACUGAUUUCCUUGACGAGUUGUAUAGCACUGAUGAGGUCUGGAAAAAUGAUGAUUUUAAAUAAUAAUAAAAAAUUUUUAUUUUUCCUUUUUUGCUUGUUUUUUCAACAGUCAAUUAUUUAUUUAGUAAUGAAAAGUGAUAUUCAUUUGCUCGAGAAAAGCUGAUA